UGGAAUACAGUUAGUUCAUGGCAUUGGAAUGUAAAUGAUGAAUGUUGUGGUAUUUGUAGAAUGCCCUUUGAUGGAUGUUGUGUAGAUUGUAAAAUACCAGGUGAUGAUUGCCCACCAGUUUGGGGUGUCUGUAAUCAUGCAUUUCAUAUGCAUUGUAUUUUAAAGUGGUUAAAUUCAAACGAAUUACAACAAUGUCCUAUGUGCAGAUCUGAAUGGAAAUUUAAAUCUGAUGAAAAAUAA